AUGGAGGUCUGCGGCUUCUCCUACUACUAUGGGGGGUUCUUAGUGGGCCCCCAGUUCUCUAUGGUGAAGUACCUGAGCUUGAUAAAGGGAGAGCUGAGCGACGUGGAGGGGCAAGUUCCUAAUAGCGUCGUGCCGGCCAUGAAGCGCCUGUGCCUUGGACUCUUCUUCCUGACGGUGUACACCGUGCUGGGCCCCUACCUGCCUGACAGCUACUUCCUGACAGAAGAGUAUGCGAAUCAGCCUUUCUGGUACCGUUGUGUCUACAUGACAAUUUGGGGGAAAAUCUUGCUGUAUAAAUAUGUGACUUGCUGGCUGGUGACGGAAGGUGUCUGCAUUCUGUCCGGCCUGGGCUACAAUGGUAAGGACGAAAAAGGCCAGCCCCAGUGGGACGCCUGUGCCAACAUGAAGGUGUGGCUGUUCGAGACCACGCCCCUUUUUACCGGAACCAUCACAAGCUUCAACAUCAAUACCAAUGAUUGGGUGGCAAGAUAUGUUUUCAAACGUCUCCGAUUCCUCGGGAACAAGGCCAUCUCUCAGGCAGCCGCCCUCUUCUUCCUGGCCGUUUGGCACGGCUUGCAUUCUGGAUACCUCGUCUGCUUCUCCCUGGAGUUCCUGAUUGUUGUAGUGGAGAAAAACGCCAUUGAGUUGGUGAGGGAUAGCCCCCUGCUGUCACAGAUCUGCUCCAUAUCGGUCCUGCGUCCUCCUCUGUAUGUGGCGCAGCAGUUCAUCCACUGGCUCUUCAUGGGAUACCCGUUGGUGCCAUUCUGCCUUUUCACCUGGGACAAGUGGCUCAAGGUGUACAUAUCGGUCUAUUUUAUGGGCCAUUUAUUCUUCUUAUUGCUGCUCUUUGCACUGCCUUAUCUACGGUUAGUCCUGGUGCAAAAGAAGGACAAGCUGCAGAAAUCCCACUGA